CUGAUUGUAUCUCUGCCCAUAAGGUAACUAAAAUCAUCCCUUGUUCUAUCUGUUCUGAUGAUCAGAUAGGCAGAAGAGAGCGGCCAUGGACAGCGGCAGCCCGGUGAUGACGGAGAGCGAGCGGCGCGCGUACCGGUACGCGCAGGCGCCGAGGGUGCAGGGGGUGCAGGGCCUCGGCGUCAGGAAAUCGUGGUCCAACGACUCCCUCUUCAGCCUCGUCGGCUCCCAGACCACGGUCACCGUCCACUCCUGCGUCUGUGCGCCCACCACGCACCCCGGAUCAUUCCGCUGCAAGCACCAUCGACAGAACCAGAACGCCUACCAAAUCGGCGGCGCCGGCCAGUCCACGGCCGACGCCGACGCCGACGUGAAGCGCGGCGACGAGGCCCACCAAGAAGCUUCGCCGUCCGCGGAGCAGGAGAAGGCGUCCUGAAGGCGACCGCGUGUUCUUCUUCGCAGGCCGGCAGGAAGGCGUCGUUAUGUGUGUGGUUGUAUCUGCACGUACGUGCGUGCGUUUGCCUGAUGUGACUUACCGUGGAGGGACCCCCGUUUACCGCUGAAUAUGUGGACAGCUUUUUUCCUCUGUAAAUUUUCAAGAGUUGGUUUUCUUUGAAGUGUAUUUGAUUUUUAGUUAUGUUCUU